AUGGCGCGCCUUCACGUAGCUCUCCUCCUCCUCCUCUUUGUCGCCGUGGCUGUCUCAGCUGUUGAUAAACCCUCGACGAUCACCUCUGGAGCCCCCGCAACAGCUCCGACCAAUGUAGCUACAGCUGCUACUCCCGGAGCAGUCGCUGGAUCAAUGGGAAGCGAUUCUUCGAACGCAAACUAUCCGCCACCUCAACCACCUUCCGGAAACGACGCUACCGCCACGGUUGGAUUCGCUUAUUUUGUAGCUGCUGCGAUGAUGUAA